AUGAAUAAAGUAUUACUGUAUUUUCGGGCAGCUGCAUUAAAGCAAUUGUACGCCAGAGCUCCCUUACAACAAGCCUUCUAUAGGUUGAAUAUGGUCGUGCACAUUGACAAUCGUUAUCAGUGUGUUGCAGCAGGUGACAAGAAGAUGAAAGAGCAGUUGAUUAUCAAAAGAAUCAAAAAUCGACGUACACUGAUCACUUUGUUCUUCUCGAGUAUGAAUAACAUCGAGAAAGAUGAUGAUAAGUUACUAAAGUGGAGGAGAGCACUGAAAAGUCCAAUGACAGCGAGGACGGCAAUGAUCGUUGUCCGGAUGGACGACAGCGGUAAUGGCAAUAUUGUGGGUGAAUGUAUUGAUUAG